AUCCUUACCCAUGCCAGUAUCACUUGCCUUGCCCCAAUGCAAUUCCAAACCCGAAGCCUGCUUUACCAAGCUAUCCACAGCUCCAAUAUCGCCCUCCCAAAAAUCUCCAGUGACUCCGGCGACGCACAUCAACCUUCCACCGCCGACAAUGGAUACCGAUACACUUCUUCAACACGAAGCCGUCUCACAGUCAGCUGAUCCGCUAUCGAACCAAUUCGGUUCUCUCAAUGACCUUGCCCACGAACUCGCCUCUCUCCAGGACCUUGCGAACCGCGGCAGCUGGCGCUCGAUCCUCGACAAGGUCGCUCGUGCCCGCUCACACUCUCUCCUUAACACACCUCAUGACCAUCUCACUUACCUCGCCUACAACGUCCUUGCUCUCGCCAAAUUACGCCGUUUCAAGGACGCUCUCACGGAGCUCGAUUCCGUCGACGAUUUCGAUAGCCACCAUUACCGAUACGAAACAUAUCCGAAAAUCUACCCCACUCGGUGUGGUUCUAUGGUCCCCUUCUCUCUCCGCUGGCUUCAUGCAUUGAUUCCGAUAAAAUUAGGUAACCGCCAAGAAGGAUUAGAUCGGUUUUAUAUAUUGCUCGAUUUUGUUCGUGGAAAACUAAAGGAAAAACAAGAUUAUGAUGUUUCAAUCAAAAUGUGGAAAAAAAGAGAGGUGUUUGUUAUGAAUGGCAUAAUCAGUGAGCAUUUGAAAAAUAAAGAAUUUGGUGUUUGUUUGGAUUUGAUUAAAGAUUUGGUUUCUCGUGGUAAUUUAGAUCCUGUUCUAUUGUCAAAAUUGGGGCAUAUACAGAUGCAAAUUGGGGAUUUGGAGGGGGCAAAGGGUUCAUUUGAUAAGGUUGAGAAAUUGUUGAAAGAACGAAAUGCUGGGGGUGAUGAUGAGUUACUGAGUGAGGUUGAGUUCAGGAAUCAGGUGAAUAGAAACAAGGCGUUAGUGUAUUUGGUUGGGAAGGAUUAUGUGUCGGCCGUGAGGGAAUACGAGGAGUGCAUAGAGAGAGAUCCUAUGGAUGUUGUGGCCAUUAACAACAAAGCUCUCUGCUUGAUGUACCUGAGGGAUUUGUCUGAUUCAAUUAAGGUUUUGGAGAAUUCACUUGAGAGAGUGCCCACUGUUGCAUUGAAUGAAACGCUUGUAGUUAAUUUGUGUAGUAUGUAUGAGUUGGCUUAUGUUAAUCACUCGGAUAUUAAGCGAACUCUCAGCAACUGGAUUGCUCGGGUUGCUCCUGAUGAUUUUGAUUCCUCUUCUACGAGAAUUUGAGGUAGUGACAUAGUGUUCCUCAGUUUCGUUGUGCCUUUUGGUAUGAUUCAACUCUAUGCUUCUUACCUGCAUUGUUGAAUGUUUUCAGUUGCAUAUAAUAGCUAAUUUAAGAUUUUUAUUUUCCCUUUUAUAAUGAAAAUUGUUCCAAAAUGAUCAGAGACUUUUCUUGUCAGUAUCUUUAAUUUCUCGUUUGUUAUUCUUAUAUCUCAUUCCAAUUAUGUA